AUGGACUUUUUGCGCAACUCCCUCACUAUUGGAAAUGACGCAUCAGAUGCGGCGGUAAAAUCUGUACUUUCUCAACUUCCAUUCUCGGAGAGGGAGGUGGAGGGAUUGCUGCAGGUAUGGGAAGGACCACAUGUAAUAAAGAUGUUGUAUAACAUCUUGUUGCAACACGAGGAAUUUGUGGUAUAUAUUGAUGUGAACAUGUCAAAGAAAUUCACGCAGGAUCCUUACGUGAAUUGUUGUCUUUCCAUAAGCCGCCAUAUCAAGGCAGAACUUGGCCUCAGCGAGGAGGAAAGCCUUCCAGACGACUUGAUCAUUGAUAUCAUCUUUUCGCCCAACACCACUAUUAAAAACCUCCUCUGCUCGGCGUCAGAUGACUUCAGACAAAUGCUGGAGAUGUGUGAUGAAUGGCGCACGGUUAGUAGCACUCUAACAAACCCGGACGAUUGUUACCUGUAUGUACUAUCGCAAGUCCUGGAGCAGGGGGAAACGGUGCGGGAGUUGUACCGUCAGCGUCUAGAGGCAUCAGGGUUCAUCAUGAUGGAGGACACAGCAGGUUCGGCGCUUGCGGUGGAUCUGAUUAAUGUCAGCAAGUUGUGUGUCUCUGACAUGGAUGCGUCCUUGCGGGCCGCAGUGCCAAUCAAGGAGGAAGCAAGAGGAAGGAGCUUCAUCAUUAAUGUAGAUGGAACGUUUGGGGCACAAAUCGAGGCCAUAUUGCGGAAUCUUAAUCUUACCUUUGGCAAAUAUAUCCGAAGUGUCAAUGUCUCUGGCAGCGUAGCUGGUCUGGUCGGGAAACGUGGCGAUGUUGUUUUACCUACGAAGCUGCUCUUCUCAAAGCAAACAUUUGGGGAGGACUCCACCGAUGAAACACGGUUGUGCAAUGAGGGCAGCAUAACUGAGGAAGAUGUUCUCCCAUUCCUUGGCAAGGACACCGUUGCGCUUCACCGGGGUGGAUGCGUCACAAUCCCUGGCAUCAUUCUCUACAGUGACUCUGUGUUGCGCUUUUACAAGGUGGUUCACUGCUGUACCGCUGUGGACAUGCGUAGCAGCUAUGUUGCGCGGCAAAUGGAGGAGAGCCGCCGCACAGAGAUACUGAAAAAAGGCUUAAUCAAGCGUUUCCUGUUUUACAUGGACAGUGUGCCGCUUAGCGAAGAGGAUGAUACUGGAAGUAGUUCGCAGGUAACUGAAAUCCUGUUCUCUGUGUACGCAACCACCCGAUCGCUGCUUAACCUGAUUCUGUCCUCUUGA